UAGGCUAUAGCGAUCUUUACCUAAUUGCUAAAACACAACCUUGAUCUUGAGAAGAUGACUGGCAAACAACAGCAGACCCUGGCUUUCCCUGGCACUUUAGGUGUUCAGGUGAUUGAAACUAAAGUGAGAGACUCGCCCAUCGACUCUGUGGUGGUCUACCAAGAUCGUGCCGAGGUCAAGAGAAGGCUGUCAGUUCAUCUUGCUACUGGAGAGAAUGAGCUCAUCAUUUCUGACCUGACGGACUGUGUCGACCAAAACUCUGUCAGGGUUGAAGGUCAGGGCAACGCUGUGAUCACUGAUGUGAUAUACUCGUCAAAGGAGAGCUCCAAUGAUGAACUAACAACCACUGGAAGUAAAGAGGAGCUUGAACACAUCAAGGAAGAGAUUUCUGAGACUGUGAAGGAAUUGCGACACUUGCAAAUCAGAAGAGAAGUGCUCAAUAAAGAAAAGGAACUCCUCAACAAAUUUGCCAAACAUGUGUCAACCAUACACACUGUUGAGGGCUCUGACCAUAGUCUGUCUCAGCUUGUGGAUGGGGAGAGUGUCUCUGUUGUCAUUGAGUUGUUCCAAAGAGUGGAGAGCAAGUUGAGUGACCUUGACUCUCGACUGAGCGUGAUAGCUGGAGAGGAGAAGUGCCUCCAAGACAAGUUGGCUGUUUUGCAAGCCAAUGCUGAUAAACUCAACCCUAAGAAAAAGAAAGCCACCACUGAGACCCUGCGAACUCUCCAUGUUGGCUUAGAAGCUGCCGAGGAGGGAGAGGCCAUUUUGUUUGUCUCGUAUGUAGUGACCAACGCCUCCUGGUCGUCCUCUUACGAUGUCAGAGUUUUCACCAAAGACAAGACGAUGAAGGUUCAGUACUAUGGUCUCAUAAAGCAGGUGACUGGUGAGGACUGGGAGAAUGCCAAGAUCUCACUCUCCACUGCUCAGCCCAGUGUCGGUGGGUCAGCACCUCCUCUCAACACCAAGAUCAUCAGGUUCAAGAGACCAAAGCCGAGGUACAAUUACCAACCAAUCAGCUAUGGAGCAAUGUCUAAGAAGCAAAUUCUUGGUGGGAGGCUGACGGAGUAUGACCCAACAAUUGAAGACUCCUAUUGCAACAGCUCUGUUGAUAUAGAGUGUGGUAUGGAUGAGUUUGCUCUUAUGGCUCCUCAGUCAUCACUGGCUAGAGCAGGCCUUGUAGAGUCACCAGGAAAAAAAAAUCGAUCUUCUCCCCCACCAGCUCUGGACGUUGCUGUAGCUGAGGUGACUGCUGGAUUGUUCAACACCACGUAUGCCAUUCCCAGAGCCACAACCAUCCCAGCUGACAACACUGAGCACAAGGUGACGAUAGCUCUGGUUGACCUGGUCCCUGAGCUGACGUACAGCUCUGUCCCUCGACUCUCCCCUCACUCCUUCCUGCAAGCCAAGGCCACCAACUCCUCACCCUACACCAUCCUGGCUGGACCAGCCAACGUCUUCUUGGACAACAACUUCAUCGCUAAGUCGACGAUGAGUGAUGUAUCUCCGGGUGAGGAGUUUGUGAGCUCCCUGGGAGCAGACCAGUCGAUCCGCAUCACUGUGAGACCAGUGGCCACAGUACACAACACUCGCACUGCCAUGCUGGGAGGGGCAAAGACAAAUACCAUCACCUACACUCACACUUUCCUGGUCAAGAACACCAGAAGUGACUCUGUUAACAUCAAGGUCUCAGAGCAAGUGCCUCUCAGCACUGAUGAUAGAAUCAAGGUGAGUGUGGUUGACCCUGCUGUGAGGAAGGUGGGUGACAAGUGUCCUCUCCCGUUUGGUCACGCUCAACUCAACAAGUCUCACAACCUGGAGUGGUAUGCAGCCGUGGGGGCCGGCUCAGAGUGUGAGCUCAAGCUGGUCUACACUGUAGAGCACCCGGCACAAGAUGGAGUCCAUGGACUGUUUAAGUAACAUACUUUUAGUGAUCUGAAUUUGAAAAUGUUAGUUUAGAUCUACAUUGGAUUUAAUAAGUGUGUGUGUGUUAUCACUGUUGUGUGUGUGUGACAGAUGAUUAAGUACAAGAGUUGUUAUAGGCUUCUAGUAA